GCGCGGGACAAAACACGACCCACCGAGUCGCCAAUCAGCGCUCUCCACGUGUUGUCGACUGCCCAUUAACCAACCAACCCAACUCCCUCCCAUCCUCUCUCUCUCUCUCUCUCUCUCUCUCUCUCUCUCUCUCUCUCUCUCUCAGAGAUCAGCUUCCCGAAGUGGAAACCUGUCUUCAGCAAUGAACUGAAACCACCCGGGUGUUAUCUGGUGUUCAAUCCAUCCAAAGCUUCCCCUGCACCGAGAAAGGAACCAUCUUUUUUUUUGUUCUCCUCUCCUUUUAGCUUCUUCUCCCUGUUCUAAUGCUUCCGUCCUCCUCGAUCUCCAAACUGAUCCAAAUCGCCUUUCAAGCUUCACAUUUCUGUAUAAUUUUGCCAAAAAAUUGGAAUUUUACGGGCUUCUCGAGGCUAGAUUGAGUUUGGCUAGCCGACCAUGGAGAAGAGACACAAGAUCGAGCUCCUCCUUGGUCUUCUCUGCUCGUUCCUUUUCCUUCUCCUCUUCCUCUUGUUGGCGUUGAGCUACUUCUUUCGCAAAAGAUUAAGGUGCCGAGGUAGGACCAAAAAGGAACCCUUGGAGGCCGGCGGCGACAGCGGCGGGGGCGGCGCGGAGGAGGAGCACUCGGAGGCGGAGGAGCUGGUGAGGUUCGCCGGAGGCGAGAGCUUGACGGUGCACGACAUCCUGGACGCGCCCGGAGAGGUGGUCGGGAAGUCGAGCUACGGGACGCUGUACAGGGCCAGCCUCGAGCGGAGCGGCUCUGUGGUGCUGCUCCGGUUCCUUCGACCGGCUUGCGUCGGCGGGACCGAGGAGGUUCUGCCGGCGGUCCGGGCGCUCGGGGCGGUUCGGAACCCGAACCUGGUGCCCCUUCGGGCGAUGUACGUCGGGCCGCGAGGGGAGAAGCUCUUCGUCCACCCCUUCUUUGCCGCAGGGUCUUUGAAGCAGUUCUUAAGAGCUGGUGUUGCUGAAGCACACAGAUGGGACAUCAUCUAUAAGCUCUCUCUGGGAAUCGCCAGAGGGCUGGAUCACCUCCACACAGGACUGGAGAAGCCCAUGGUGCAUGGAAAUCUCAAGACCAACAACAUCUUGCUCGACGCAGAUUACCAGCCUCGCCUGUCGGACUUCGGCUUGCACCUGAUCUUGAAUCCAGCGGCAGCCCAAGAAAUGCUCGAAGUCUCUGCGGCCCAGGGGUACAAAGCCCCCGAGCUGGUUAAGAUGAAGGAUGCCAGCAGUGAGAGCGAUAUAUACAGCCUGGGGGUGGUCGUACUCGAGAUGCUCACUCAGAAGGAUCCCAUCAACACCAACUUCUUACAGUCCAAGGAUUUCCAUGUGCCGACCUCGUUGAGGAAUUUGGUUCUGGAGCACAAAGUCUCGGAUGUCUUCAACUCCGAGCUCCUGAUUCAGAGUAUAGAUCAGAGUUCGACCAAUGAACAAGGUCUACUGAUGCUCUUUCGACUGGCGAUCGCUUGUUGCUCUCCUUCUCCUGCUUCGAGACCAGACACUAAGCAUGUUAUUUCACAGAUCGAAGAUAUCAUCCGACGAUGAUGAUGAUGAUUUCCAUUCUGCCAUGGUGAUGAAGCAACCUGUCGUUGUCGAUGAUGAUUGUCCAUUUUGCCGUGGUAGCAAAGCAAUCCAUUGUCCUGAUGGCAUGAUGGAGAAGAUGAUACAGAGAAUUGGACCAGGAACCGACAGUAGUUUAAAUGCUUCGAGGAUUGGAGAUUACCAUGAGCUGUAUAGUAUAGUUGGAGAUGUGCCAACGGCAACUACAUUCGCCUCCUCUUCUGAGCUCCUCAACUGUACUUAUUUCUGCUGUUGAUGCAAUGAAGGAGAAUGCAUGUGAUCGGAGAUACAAGCUUCUCUUAGCUUGUUGAGUUUGGCUAGAGGACAGGAUCUUGGCCUACUGGCUACUGCAACCAGUGAUACUUUCUGAGUGGUCUCGUGACUUGUUAAAGAGAACACAAGCCUGAAGCAUAAAAAAAGGUUCCCCUUCUCUAACUUCAAUCUGUUUGUGGAUUCCAUCUCUCCAAGGCAUCAGACAUGGGGAGCAAAUCAACUGAGUUGGGGAACAGAAACAGGCAGAAGGUCUGCAGUAGAGAUCAUGAAACUGUAGAUGGAAUAGUCAAGCUGCUGCCUUUGGAGUUGCAGUUUGAUGUGGUCUUCAAAUGCUGUAGCAUGGUUUGGCAUGCACUUGAAAAGGUGGUGGUGUACCUGUUGCUGAUACAGAUUUGACUUGACCAGCACCAAAAGCUGUCCUCAUUAGUUCAAUGCACUGGUGUAUUCUGAUUCGGAACCAUAUUGAGUGGUCCAAAACAUCACUUCCUGAGGCAAUAUUGUACAUUUCAUAUUUGGGUACCAGAAUUACAUGUUUAUAUAUAUAUUAGCAUCUUGUUUUCCUGCAUAAAA